CCGAUAAGACGGAUAAAUGUCAUUUUUACUUACAUUAAAAUCCGGCUAUCGUCAAAUUACUCAGCAUUGUAGCCUAUCUACAUAUUUUGGGGGGGAAAUGGAUAAUUAUGCUGUUGGUGGUGGGAUUAAAACGGGUAUGGAAACUUAAAAAUGAUUUCAUGGAGGAAUCUAAAGGAGUUCUAUUAAGAUGACACGCACAGAUCCACCCAACAUACUGGAAUCUACUGUGUAUCAAGCUGUUAAAGUGAGUUCUUUCUCAACCCACACAAAGUCAUGCUAUUCUUCUAAACAAUGUUAUUCUGCUUACAUCCAAACACCAAAGGAUACCCAGAACAACAAAAAAAGGCACUGCCAUAUCUUUAAUACGGAAAUUCCAGACAAGCCCAAAUAUAAUACAAUCAAAAUGGACUACUCAAAUAGAAGGUGUGACAGAUAUACAGCCAAUCCAGAAGUUGUCUGGAAUGCCUUAGCCCACCAACAUGGGCAAGGAUUCCACCGCUUUUCUUCCCCAGACCUAUAUAACUUCCAACUGACCCCUCAGCAUUUGACUGCUGAAAUAGCUGGUGAAGUUGCUGUGACCGAACUUAAGAGAAGAGCGAGAUCAAGAAGUGCUCCACGGGUCCAGACGAACCUCACGCCUGUAAGAACUGAUAGUUCUCCUCCAGUGGCAAGAAGAGGAAGGGAAGUUCAUAGAUCAAGGCAUCCUCAGUGGAGGCCAGAGGGGUCUCCAAGAAGAGCGUCCUCCCAUGCAAUUACUCGGGCACUAGUAAAUGAGGUACAUCCAAUUAAACUGCAACCACAGAAGACUGAUACCAGCAGGUACUCUCCUGUGUAUGUGACUGAAAGUUUGGAUGAGGGAGGGCCUGAUAAACUUGCCAUUAGUCCUCAUGUUCGGUGUCGCAUGGAUAUUAAACCUGAUGAGACAGCUUUGCAGCAGCAUGUACAGAAGCCUUCCACUCCAAAAGUGGACAUACCUUGGCAGAGGUAUCAUAGUAGUAGCAGUAGGAGUCUUACUGUACCUCGCCAUUCCUGCAUGUCUAAAACAACACCAUCCACUGAAUUCUUCACAGAUGAGUACAGGCCUGCAUACCAGUAUUCCCAAAGUAUGCCAAACAGUUACAUGUUGCCAGUAGAGACCCCAGUACAAAGGAUGCCUUCUACACGAGAAUCAAGGGAGCACUAUGGAAGGGAACGAAGGGCUCACUCAAGCCCCAAUGUGCCCACUAAAUUCUUCUAUGCAGAAGAUUUGGGAAAGCAUGGAUCUUCAGCUCCAGCAAGAACCUACUAUCAGGAUGAAUGCUUCAGUAUUCCUAGCCAAACUUACUCUCCCAAUGUACACUAUUUUGAAGAUCCAAGGACUUCUGUGGUCCAUACAAUUCCUGCUAGGCAAUAUUUAACAGAAAUAGACACUUACAAAUAUCCUGCACCUGUAUAUCCAAAAUCAUAUGCUGCAAAUGAACCGGGGCCAUACAUAAUACAGACACCCCCAGCACGGACUUUCUAUAGUGAUGACCCCAGGACAUAUCAGAUUCAAGCAGUUCCUCCUACAAUUUUCUACAUGGGUGAUCCCUAUGUGCCACCACUAGAACAUCACAUUCCAGCACGGGCAAACUACACAGAAGGUAGACACCGUGCUCAUGUGGUUCAACCACCAUCAGAUGACUGUUAUAGCUCAGAUGUGUCUGGCUAUUCCACACACUAUCCUUCUUCAUACACCUCUCAGGUCACACCAACAAGAGUUAAAGAAGAGCCAGUGCUUACACCUUGGUACACCAACCCAUGUAUGGAGUCAACAAAAGCAGUAACUGACCCAAGACCUUACUCAAGGUCUUGGGAUAACAUUCUCAAUACCCAUGUAGAGAGGGAACAGCCUGUUUCUCGUGGGAAAAGUGAUGAGAAUAUUCUCUGUCAGGGAAAACAAGCUUUUUCAGCAAAAGAUAGACCAAAACCAGUUGUUGUUAACCUUUCAAGUUCACCUAGACGCUACGCAGCAUUAUCCUUGUCUGAAAAUUCCCUCACUGAUAAAAGCCCAACUGAUGCUAGGAGCACCUCAAGCAAACAAUGGUUUAUCACCCCUGAGAUCACCAUUACAGACAAUGAUAUAAAAUCUAGCAAGGGUAGUAAAACAGAGGCACGGUCUGCGAGUUGGGAUGUGCUGGAUUCUAAAAGCUCCCGAGAUGAAGAUUGCUCUCACCAAGAGACAAUGGCCUGGGGAUCAGUUAAAGAAAAGACACAUCAAAGUGUUUCCCUCAAACAAAGCUUGGAACAACUUGAUGAGCUCUUAGCUGACCUAGUUAUUGAUUACAAGCCUCCUGCUAGCCGAAAGCCCAGUGAAGACCUGCUAGAUCAACUCAGAAAGCUUAUCGAUGAAGAAGAGGCAGCAUCUUCAAGAAGAAAGGAUUCAAAGGCAGAUUCUGAGAGUAGUAUGCCUCUUGAUAAACAACCCACCUCUAUAAAAAUAGAUCCUGAGACAGAGGGGAGUUUUGAUGGACUUCGCAGUACUGACGAGUGCUCCCCGGACCAAAGCCCAGAUGAGGAUGACACGAUGAUUUGCUCUAACAAUAAAUGCCGUCGGACAGAGACAUUGUUUAAUGCUUGCCUCUAUUUUAAAUCCUGCCACAGCUGCUACACAUACUACUGUUCUCGCAACUGCCGAAGAGAAGACUGGGAUGUUCACAAGGAGAGCUGUCUCUAUGGACGAAUGGGCAGUGUGUGUCGCCACAUUAUCAAGUACUGUCGAGAAACUGGUGAGGUCCACAAAGCUUUUUCACGUAUAGCAAAAGUGGGAUACCUGUCUCGAGGAAGAGGUGUUCUAUUUUUGGGAUUUCCAAACCCAGGAUCAUCAACAAAUUUCCUUCAGUUUGGUUUAGAAAGCCUCCUCAUGUCUCCAACAUACCUGUCUCUACGUGAACUAGAUGGCUUUAGAGAUAAUCUUGGGGAAUACUGUAAAGAGCUUCAAGAGGCAGGUAAGGAGUAUGACCCUAAUGAAUGUUUUCUCUUGAAUGUAUCAAUUGCUGUUGGUGAACAAGUGCCUGACGGACCAUCUCCAAGGGUCCAAGCCCCAACCGUCAGGAAGUACGCCAAGGUUGCUUUAGCUUCGUACAGCCCAGAGAGGAAAGUUCACAGUAAAGAAAGUGACAUGGAGACACUAAUCCUCACUCCACCACCAGGUACAGCUGACAUUGACAAAGAUGGUGAGGAAGGGAGAAAAGCCAGGGAGAUUUGUUUCAUUAACAUUCAACGGGAGCUAAGGAUUCGUGGGGUGUUUCUUCGUCAUGAGUACCCUCAAGUGUACCAGAAACUCUGCGAAUUUGUGGAGAGCAACAGGAGGUUCACCCCCACCACAAUUUAUCCUAUUGACAAGAGAACUGGCAAGCAGUUCAUGUGCAUGAUAAUGGCAGCCUCUGAGCCAAGGACUUUAGACUGGGUAGCUACACCGCAUCUUCUAGAUGAUAUUAUUUAGAUAAGUGCACCUUUUGAUGUACAUAUAUAUGUAUAGAUAUAUAAAUAUACAUAUAUAUUGUUAUACAGUACAUAUCUCUAUACCAAGCUUAUUUAUGAUAAACAUUUAUAGGUAUGUAUUUUGUUAUUGAAAAAAAAAAUCAUGUCUCUAAGUUCAGUAUUGUUAGAAACCACAAAAUGUAUUUAUUAACAUUUUGGUAAUAACUGAAUGGGUUUGUUUUGCUUUUAUUGCAUUUGCCAAGUUCUGCCAGCUCUCCUCGUUGACAUCACUUUAUUUUAUUAUUCUCAGAAAAAAAUGUAAUGAUAAAUUAUAAAUAUUUCAUUUACUUCAAAGAAUAUUUUGUUCUAUGCAAGCACUA